AUGAAAUUUAAAAUUUAUUUAAACAAAGAAGCCAUAUAUAAAAGCACGAUAACUUGUGUUGGUUGGAGUAGCAACAACGAAGUUUAUUCAUGCGGUGAUGACUGUCAGAUCGUAAAAUGGACAACAUCAAGUCGUGAGUUUGUUCAAGUUGCAAAGAUUCCCGACUUUGUUCCUUCUGACUUCAAUUGGUUGAUUGCAAAGUCGGGUGGGAAGAGUAAUGAAAAUUUACUCAUUUCAUCAACGGACGGACGUUUCAUAAUUCUUAACAAAGGUGCGAGAGUUGAGAGAAGCAUUUCAGCACACAACGCUGCAAUCACAUCAUGUCGAUGGAGUUCUGACGGUUCGGGAUUGCUUACGGCGGGGGAAGAUGGAAUCAUAAAAAUCUUCUCUCGAGCUGGAAUGUUGAGAUCAACAGUUAUUCAGAAUGAAGGUUUGAUUGUUUGUGCCCGCUGGUCACCAAACUCACUGACAAUCGCUUAUUGUCAAGGCAACGCAAUCGCCUUAAAACCUUUAGCAGCAAACAGUAAACUGAUUAAAUGGCAAGCUCAUGAUGGAUUAGUUCUUGCGUUAUCAUGGUCACCAGAAUCAGAACACAUCGCUUCAGCUGGUGAAGAUACUCGUUACAAGAUUUGGGACACUCAAGGCACAAAUCUUUACACGAGCGCACCUGACGAUUAUCCGAUUACGACAAUCGAUUUCAGCCCUGAUGGGAAUCUUCUUGCUGUUGGAGGUUUUAAUAUGUUGAAACUUUGUCAUUCAAGCGGCUGGAGUCAUAAUGUCACUCGAUUUGAAGACAAACCUGUUGGAUCGUUAAUGAAUGUCUCAUGGUCUCCCGACGGUACACAAAUUCUCUCCGGAUCAAGCUCCGGCAACAUUGUUUUCGGUCACGUCGUUGAGAGGGAAAUUAUUUACAAGAAUUUGAAAGCAAUGAUAACUGGAAGGCGAGUGAUUGUCAUGAAAGACAUCGUUAAUAAUACGACUGACACAUUGGAUUUCUCGGAUCGCAUAAUUAAAUGGGAACUAGGCUAUGGUCACUUAGUCGUAUCAACUGCUAAUCAAUUACAUAUCUUCAAUGAAAACUAUAUAAACACACCGAUUAUCAUCGAGCGUGCAGACGUGCGAAUUAUCUUGUUGGCGAAGAAAAACUUUCUAGUUGUUGAUAAUGCUUCGAUAUGGAUCUACACAUACACAGGUCGACUUCAUCUUAAUCCACGUUAUUCUGGAUCGCAAGCACAAGUUUUUCAUUUGACACAUCAAACAAUAUCACUUGGCGUUGAUGUUCUUGCUGUAAGAGAUUUUUCUGAUCAAACAAUCGUGCAUAUCUUCGAUCUAUUGCCUGGUGCUUCACGUCAAGAAGAUGCUUAUCAAGUGAAACAUAAACAACUUAUCACAGACAUUAGUGUCAAUCGAGCCAGUUCUGGUGACGAUCAAUAUCUUACUUUCAUUGAUUCAAAUCGUGACUUGUAUUUGACAUCAAUACGAAGCGGAUCUGAUUAUAAUUUGCAUAAGAUUGGAACUCAAUUAACGAGUGUUAUGUGGUCGAGUGAGUGUAAUGUGCUUGUUGGAUUGCAUGACUCCUGUUACAGUAUCUGGUACUGUCCAGGAGAAGCUUGUACCGAUCCAUCGUUGAUUGCAUUAACGACCUUGUCGUAUGACACGACAGAGUUCGGAAGAAACAUUUCGCUGGUUAAUUUUGAUGGAUUAACCAUCACGUUCUGUGCGUCCGGUUCAAACUUCACUGUCACAGCGAAGAUUUAUUGCAUUUUAAUUCACAAGCUUGUAAGUGAGAAUCAGUGGGCGAAAGCAUUAAAAAUCUGUCGGAUGGGGCAAAGUACAUUGCUGUGGGCUUGUUUAGCUGCAUUAUCAUCGAAACGCAAUCAACUUGAUAUCAGCGAAGAAGCUUAUUCAUCAGCAUUGCAAAUUGACAAAGUUGAUUACAUGAAUUUCGUAAAAGAUUUGAACGAGAAUGAACAAAUGGCUGAGAAUGCCAUCAUGAAUGGAGCAAGAGUUGAAGAAGCUGAAACCAUUCUGUUACAUAAUAGGAAAAUUGCGGAAGCAAUUCAAUUUUGUAUUCGAUUACAUCGAUGGAAUCGAGCAUUGGAAAUCGCUGAUAAGAACUCAAUCGAUGUAAAACUGGUGCUCGAUGAAAGAGUUAAAUACCUGACGGCCUUACAGAAGACGGAGACCGAUAAUGACUUCAUCAAAAACAAUGCGAAAUUUUCAUCAGCGAGAAAUGAAAGCAGCGAACUUUGA